UCUACUUCCUCGCCAUGCUGUAUCUGUUCAUCGGCGUCAGCAUCGUCUCGGACCGCUUCAUGGCGGCCAUCGAGGUGAUCACGUCGCAAGAGAAGGAGAUCACGGUGAGGAAAAAGAACGGCGAGACGCAGAUCUUGGUGGUGCGAGUGUGGAACGAGACCGUUGCCAACCUCACCCUCAUGGCCUUGGGGUCUUCGGCGCCCGAGAUCCUGCUGUCCAUCAUCGAGAUCUACGCGAAGAACUUCGAAGCGGGUGAUCUGGGUCCCGGCACGAUCGUGGGUUCUGCGGCUUACAACCUGUUCGUCAUCAUCGCAAUCUGUGUGUUUGUCAUCCCGGACGGCGAAGUGCGCAAAAUCAAACAUCUGCGCGUCUUCUUCGUGACGGCCACGUGGUCCGUGUUCGCCUACGUGUGGCUCUACCUCAUCUUGUCUGUGUUCUCGUACGGCGUGGUGGAAGUGUGGGAGGGCAUCCUCACGUUCUUGUUCUUCCCGGCCACCGUGCUCACGGCCUACAUCGCCGACCGGCGGCUGUUGAUCUACAAGUACCUGCACAAGAACUACCGCAUGAACCGGCGCGGCGUCAUCGUGGAGACGGAGGGCGACAUGGAGAUGGCGUCCAAGGCGAACCACGUGGACGGCGGCCUGCAGACCCUGGAGGACCAGGCACAGAGCGAGGAAGUGCGCGAGUUCGAGCACAACCGGCGAGAGUACAUCGCCACGCUGCGCGAGCUCCGCAAGAAGCACCCGGCCAUGGACCUGGAGCAGCUGGAGGUGAUGGCGCAGGAGGAGGUGCUGAACCGUGGGCCGAAGAGCCGCGCCUUCUACCGCAUCCAGGCCACCCGCAAGAUGGUGGGCGGCGGCAACAUCAUGAAGAAGAUCCAGGAGCGCGCGCAGAGCGACCUGAGCGAGGUGAAGGCCGAGAUCCAGCGCCAGGAAGAGGCCGGCGCGCGCGUGUUCUUUGACCCGGGCCACUACACCGUGAUGGAGAACGUGGGCCAGUUCGAGGUGCGCGUGGUGCGCGAGGGCGGCGACCUGAACGCGACGCUGAUGGUGGACUACACGACGGAGGACGGCACGGCCAACGCGGGCGACGACUACGUGGCGGCGCGCGGCACGCUGGUGUUCGGGCCGGGCGUGACGGAGCGUACGUUCGCCCUGAGCGUGAUCGACGACGACGUCUUCGAGGAGGACGAGCACUUCUACGUGCGGCUGAGCAACCUGCGCGCGGGGGCGUCGAACGGGGAGGCGGCGCCGCCGCCGCCGGUGGCCGCCGCCCAGCCGCGCCGCCUCUCCACCAAGCGGCUGUCGACGACGGUGCCGCUGCCGCAGCCGCCGCCGCCGCAGCUGGUGUCGCCGAGCGUGGCCACCGUCAUGAUCCUGGACGACGACCACUGCGGCGUGUUCGCCUUCGCCGAGAAGGACGUGGAGCUGGUGGAGUCGGUGGGCCAGUACGAGCUGAAGGUGGUGCGGUACAGCGGCGCGCGUGGGCGCGUCGCCAUCCCGUUCAACACGGAGGACGGCACCGCCAAGGCCGGCAAGGAGUUCGAGGGCGCGUCGGGGGAGCUGCUCUUCGAGAACAACGAGACUGACUGGGCGACCCGAAGCAGCUGGGCGGAGCACUUCAGGCGGCGGCCAUUGCGCCUGCGCGACCCCUCCGCCCCCGCCCCUCCUCGGGCGACCUCCCUCCCCUCCCCCCCCUAUCGGCAGUGCGGGUCUCGCCACUGCAGCACUGCUCCCUCGGCUCCGUAA